AUGGAAACGUUCGAAAACGAAGACAGAGGCUUCCAGCUGUGGCUGAGCGAGUUUCUCGCCAGCCACGAAAGCUUCCGAAACAACGCGAUCUUGCAAGAUUUUGUCUGCCGCUUUUUCAUUCGCACUCACCAAUUUCACAAGGAUCACGGGGACCAACUGCUCUAUUGCCAUGGCAAACAUCGCACGUUGGUUUCCUUGUCACAAGCGGCUGAUCGACUUGGGAAACAGUCGCAAUUUGCCAGAUGGUAUGAUUUUGUCCGUCUCGGUCCCAACGCCCGACAAUCAGGACCGGUGCUGGUCGAUGGCGAUAAGAGACGCUUUGAAGCCUUAUCCAUCAAAAUUCAAGCCUCGCGGAAUAAAAGCAAAUUCGGCUUGACCGAUGACACUGGCUACUUGUUCCCUUGUCUGCAACAGAACAUCCCUCGAGCUUGUUUUGUGGUCUUUGAUCAUUUGCGUGGCAGUGCCUUUAUCAUUCAUGGAAACAAAAAGUUUGCUGGACAAGGUGAUGAAGGCGUGGAAGAAGGAACCACCACCAGCCACGACGCUUCCUCUGCUGUUGACCUUCAUGCUCCACCCGCAAAAUGCUUUCCUGGCACAGAAAAGCUGAAACCAACCCACUACAUCUUCACCUGGAAGGCAAACGGCAAGAAUGCAGGAGUCUACGGCUACACAGAUCCUGUUUCCAAAGAGCUAUGGUUGUUUGUCAACUCCAAGGGAGUUUGUGAGUGUGCUGGGCUCCUGUCGGAUGUCAUGAGCCACGAUCAUUCCAAAAAGACUACCUUUAGCCAACUGUCACUCGUAGAUACCGGCCAGUUUCCUCCUCACAUUUUUGAGUGCUUCCGAGAGAUUUGGAAGGAUGGAAUCAACCAGGAUUUGGUUCUGUCUCUGUGGUCGCGCGGAUACCUAUUAUUGUUUGAAUUCAACGACAAUAAACACAUUGUGCUCGAGUAUGGCAAAGAUGGUCGUCCCGUCGAUCAUUUGGCCUUCAUUGGUAUGGUCCAACUGCCUGAAUUGGGAAGCAUCGACACGGAGCAUUCCGGUCUCGUCUUCAAGGUAGAUCAGGAAUUCACCUUUGAUCUGUGGAGAGGAGCAAUGCAAGCACCUGCUCAAACUUGCAAGCCGACUCUUUUGGUCAAGGUGGGGCACUUGGAGAUGGCCACACAAGCGCUCAUGAAAGGGCGUUUCUUCUACAAGGAUGCCCCCAAGGGAGCGUGGUUUGAUCCCCCACAUCAAAACCAUCAAUGCUUGGCGGGAGAAGGUGCCGUCUGUUAUGAAAUGGCCCAGGACGAGACAAAGGGCGACCCAGUAAUUCGACAACUCUUCAAAGCCAAGACGGCCAGCUACAUCACGCAUCGACAGUUUCGAGAAUUCCUGCGGAGAACACGCAACGGUGACGAUGCGCACUUGACGACAUUCAAGACUCUCCAUCAGCGAGCUUUGAAGUUUUGCCGACAAAAGUUUGGUGAUCUGGCUGCGCAGCCAUACCCCGAUCCAAAAGAAUUCUGUCAUGGCCAAAAGCCCAGCGAUGUGGUUGCGGCUGCGGCAUUGUUCUACACCCAUUUUGCCAUGUGGUUGCAAGAACGUGCCAUACAGAUGGAUUCCACGGCUGCCGCUCUAGUGGAUAUGAUGAGUAAGGAUAUCCUAUUGCCGGCUGAGUCCGAUGCAGGCCGAGACUAUCUGAAAACUGCCAAGAUGUUGGGUCUAUUGGAAGACGAUGUAUUGCGAGACACGACGGAUGGACCAUUCGUUGUGGCUCGGUGUGGCGUGGCCUUUCAAUUGGCUGAGUUCAUGGCGGUCCACGGUUUGGAUGAUUCCUUGGUUUUUGCAGAUCCCGUGGAGAUGGUGAAAAGGCUUGAGAAAGAAAACUUUGUGUGGGAAAAUAUCCCCACUGGCUUUCACGGAGAGAUUGUGGUUGGCUUCAAUCAUGUCUUUCCAGGAGGGGAAACACCCAAGAUGACAAAAGAGGCUAAAAAGGCGAACAAGAAAGGUAAGAAGAAGAAGGAGGACAUAUUGGGGCCUAUAAGGAAAAAAUUCUCGAACUUUCUGGGCUCCAAUCCGCGCGUGAAGGUUGUUCUGGGUAAACGAGACGACCAGCCAGACAUGAUAAUUUUGGAGACUCCUGAUUCUGGCAUUUUGAUAUCCAAAACCACCCACAGCGAGUUCAAUGCUGAGUUGAUGGCGCUGCCGUGUCUUGUGGCGGAAAAGGGGGCGGAAGACUACCUCGACGUGAAGUCACAUCGGCUCGGGCUUGAUGCUGCGGUCCAACAAGCAGAGACAUCUCUGCGCCAGGCCUUUCCGACUUUGCAGGACCUUUUCGAUGCUCAAUCGCCAAUAGAUCUUCAGUUCGGUGAUGUAACUGGUCGCCUUGUCCCGAUGGUUCACUCCUCCACUUCUCCUUCGAAGGUGUUGAUCCUCCGCGGGGUUUCGGGCGUUGGCAAGAGUACAGUUGCAAAGGCAUGUCAACGCUUAUGGCGAGAUACCGGGCAGGAGCCCGUUGCCUCAGCUCCCGUUGUUGAGGCAGACGACUACUUUGGCGCAACAUGUCCGUACCAUCCUGAUUUAAUCUCGGCGGCGCACGAGGAUGCCCAAAACCGUGCUCGAGGGGCACUAGACGACAGCAACGUCCGUUGUCUUGUAGUUUCGAAUACAUCAACCACCGCACGAGAGUAUGCGCCAUACCUCCGAAUGGCCGUUGCCAAAGGAGCUUCCGUGACGAUCUUGACACUGGAUACAGCCACUCCACUUGGAUUCCUCCAGAACCUACACGACGUUGAUCAUAAAAAGGUCGAGAAAAUGGCUCGGAACCUUCGAUCCGCGGAAAACAACCCAGAAGGCAAAACACUCGACGAAAUAUUCAAGAUUGCAGAUGAGCAAAGCGCAAAUGACAGAUUUCAUUCCGACGCUGCGCUUGCUUGGACAGUGCUGGAUACCGAAAGCGUCACUGCUGUACGUGAGAUAUACGUUGGCUUCCUGCAGCACGCCAAGGAGCAAGGGAUCAUGAUCCCUACCAACGUCGUCCGUCCACCCAAUCCGCAUUCGACUCUGGUUUUUGUGAGACGGUCAUCCUGUGUCGAAGAUAUGAAGAGAAUGGCCAGUUUGUGGAGCCGCCAUGGUUCUGUUCAAGAACUGACGUUGGGCGAAGUCAAGUACAGUACCAGGAUCGUCGACAACAAGCAAAAGGUCCUGAUGAGUGUGGCGGUGGCUGUCACGUCGUUUUCUCCAGACCUCGUGGAAAGGGAUUCGCCUCAUAUCACAAUUGCCUAUGACGCAGACAAUGCCAGUGCGGCAGACAGCAACAAAUUGUGGCAAACCGACUUCAAGUGGCCGGAUGAUGCCUCUGUUGGCUGUUGGGGAUUUCAACCAUCACGCGCUAUCUUGAAGGGCACGGUCGAAGCAGGAGCAUUGAAGGGUGAUGGAAUCGUUCACCAAAUGCCCGAUUGGUUGAAAAAGAAACAAUAA